AGUGGCGUUGCUUAUACUCCUCCGAAGAAACAGUAUAACAUCCAAUAAACUACAAAAUGAAAGUUGAUGAUGUUGAACAAGAUUGGUUGUUUUAUCUUGCCCAACCAGAUAAAUUAUUAUCGGAUAUUGAGGGUCUAACUAUAUCACAUCAGUUGGAGUUGCUUAAACAAUCCUUAUCACAGGCUGAAAUAAGUGAAAGAAAAACUAGUCUCACUAAUUGUGAAAAUAAUUCAGUGGACAACUUCAUCGGAGAAAAUGAAACUAUGAAUCCUGAUGACAUAUUUGUCGAGUCGUCUAGGUUAUUCAAAAAGUCAAAAGUUUUGGAUAUAAUGUCCUUACAGAUUGCUGCUAAUCUAAAAUUCAAUCUAAAUCUUUUUCGAAUCAUAUCAGAAAUGCCCAUUAAGCUUCUUGCACGUCUCUAUAGAGUGCUCGUCAUGAGUACUUCAAAAUUUUCAUCAGUUUUACAACCUCUGUUUGAAAAUGCGAUAAAUAAAGAAAAUAUUUUCAUUAUAAAUCCUUACGGAUACUAUAGAUGGUCUCAGUUAAAUCCUAUGACAAUUUAUGGUUUAAUGUCUUACCAUAUAUGGUGCCUUCAUGUAUGUUUGUGAAUUCACAUGAUAUUAAUAUAGUUUAGGUAUCUCAUACAUCCAGUAUGCUGCCACAUCCCUUUCGAAAUCUUACUCCUAUUGUUUCUGGUUUAACUGAAAUUCCUGAGGUGGCGUUUUUUGCGGAUAAUCGCGUGGAAGUUGGCGUUGUUCUCACUCGCAUACAAGAGUCUGUAAAUCAGCUAAACGAAAUCAACAGUCUUUUGGAUGAUCUCAACAUAGCUAGACCUCUUCCUUCAGUGUUUUCAGCGCUGAAUUCCAUGUUUCCUACAGUUUUUGAACCAAAGAUUAAGUCUACUCAGGAUGAUCAGAACCAUAACGGUCUAUCAGAUUUUGUUCUUAAUAACUCUAUACCUCUCUCUAAAAGCUAUCUUUCUGCAUCGCUUAACUUUGUACUCGGAAGGUAUGCCUUUCAGCAGCAACAGUUUACUCAGUCACAGAAACUUUUUCAAAUCGCUUAUGAUGAAAUGCAAGAUCAAAAGUUUGAAUAUUUAGAUGAAGCAGGAGCUACACCGAAAUUACUACAGGCUUAUUUAAGUGCUUGCAAAUCAUACACAUCUUCAGACUGUAUUGCAAACGAAUUUUCACUUUUCCAGUCUGACAAUCAAUUUUUAGAAACAUUUUGUCGUUUAUUAGAAGUAAAUACAUCAGAUUCUCAUCAUAAAGAUUCAAUCAAUAUAUUUUGGAUUCAACCAUUAGAUACAUCUAGUACAACAUCCGUCAAUAUGGAAUCUAAAGUUUGUAGUGGAUUACUUACUACCAUAGAAGAUCAUCUUUAUCAAGUUUUACUGAAUGUGGACCAAUUUUUCAUUGAUGAUUCAUCUAAUCCAUAUAUUCCAAUUAGUUUAGGAGUUCGUAAUAAAUUAGAAAGUUUGUGCUUAAAACAACUGCAUAAUUGUAUUAGUUUACUUGAUAAUACAAACGAUACUGCACGAAAUAUGCCUUCUACAAAACAAUCAAAGCAUACUAAGAAGUUAUUAUCAAAUGAUAAAAUGUCAAUUUUUAACGCAGUUCAUCAACUAUUCACUAAGGUACAUAUAUGUAAUACGGUUGACCGACUAAUGUUUGAAUCUAUAGAACUGCCACUUUCAUUAUCAACUGAAUUGUUAAUGAAUAUUCCGGAGAGAAAUUUUGAAAGUUCAACAAAAAAAGAACACAGGUCAUCGUCUUCAUUGUCUUCAUCAUCAUCAUUUUCUCCUCCAUUUAUCGAUGUAAUAAUUGGACGAGAAUUUCUUUUUGAUUGUUUAACUUCUAUAAUGGAAAAGCUGUCUACUAAAAAUUCGAACUUAUCAUCUUCAUCUCAAUUUAUUGUUAUAUGUCAAUAUGUAAGAUAUUUGGUUCAAGAAGGGAUUUGUUUACUUGGUAAUUUAGUGCAUAAACCACUUCCUAAAUCGAAUUAUGAGUUAAAUUCAAUACAAAAGAAUUAUCAAGAUUUAUUAAAAACACUUGUAUCACAUAAAUUGAUGGAUUUCUUACCAGAAUCUUGCGGAAAAUAUAUCCAGUCUAUUUUCCAAGCAGUAAAUUCUGGAAGUUCGUCGGAAACGGAAGUAAACUCCAACCCUAUUUGUGCCUUUAUUCCUGACCUUCUUUCUGACCUACCUAGUCUAGAUAUUGAUAUUGAUUCGAACUUAUAUCAAAUUGAUUCGGAUGGCCUAAAUUCUCUGGGACUUGGAUUCUGGACAGACUAUGAGGUAUAUCAAAAUACUGCAUCGUUCAGACAACAGGUACCCAGAGGCGGAUCCCCAUUUGGGAUUGUUGGUGAUGUGGAUAUGCGCAGCUUAGCUAAUCAGCAUCAGUCUCCAUCAACAUCAUUUCCUCAUAUGUCUAUUCCACAAUCCCGUGUAACUGGUGGACAUGGACCUUUUGUUCAUCAAUCACUUCAAACUUUUACUAGAGAAAACCCACUUGUAUGCGAUCUUCAAGUAAUACGUCAUCUUUUAAUAACAAGAAAUCCAACCGAUGUAAAUAUGUCAGUCGAUUAUCUAUUAAGGUCAGGUAUGACACCAAAUGGAAUUUUAGAAUUAAAUGGUUCGUGGCUCCCAUCUUUACAUUAUUUAGCUUCAUUGGAGAUAGUCGGACCACAUCCUAUCAAUGAGAACAGUUCAACCAAUCCAAUCGAUUUAUUGCUAUCAUCAUCCGGAAAUAUUAUGUGGGGGAUUACAGUAUUAAUACAAUUGGCUAAAGGUUCAUCCAUAAUUCGUCAUGAAAUGUCACCAUUCACAGGAGCUAGGGCUUUUCUACUUGCUGCUUUAAAUAAUCUGGCGUCAAUUAAUCCUAUCGUACCGCCUCCAUCGUCAUCAUCUGUUAAUCAUGUUACAACAACAUCCGGUCAUGUAGUUGGAAAACAAUCACGUCCGUGCGAUGCUUUUCAAUGGAUUCGUGCUGGUAUCAGACAUGAAUUAUUAUUGGUUGACUUACUGGAAUUCUUGAAUCCAUCUUCAUUUAAUAAUUUCGGUGGAAAUAAUAAUCAGUCACAUUCAAUUACAAAAUCAACUCUUCAUCCUGGACAAGUAUCAUUAAAUGAUCUAAUUAGACGAGUUAAAAUUUGUCUGUGUUAUGCUGCUGGUUUAUCAUCAAAUGCGAAUUCUUUAGAAACAAAAAUGGAAUCCAUGAACUUGAUUGCUUUGUCUAAGGAGUUAAUUGCUGCAGCCACUUGUUUCUUGUUAAUGGUCAGAGAAUGUGAUUUCUUGUAUCCCAUGUCAAUUCCAUCAAAAUCUAUUUCACUACCUUCCGGAAGUAUUUCAUUUUGUGUCGCAUGUGCUGGUUCCUUAGAUUUAAUUCGUAUUCUUUUACAUUUUCAUGAAGUAUUACAUUCAUCAUCAGUGUCUCAUGAAAGUUCCAAUUCAACAACCACAUCAUCAUCAUCAUCAUCAUCAACAACAACAACAACAACAAACUCCCAUGUAAAUUCAGAAAAACAAAAUUCUAACCAUUCAAUCAAAAACAUUUUAAGCGCUACCGUUAAAUUUGGUAAUGCAGAUAGACUAAAAACUGUUAUAAAUGAAUUUUAUGGAUUAAUUAUUCAUGGAUGCCUUGUCUCUGCAAAUAAUUCUAUAGAUACAAUAAAUAAUUUGGCAUUAUCUGGAUCGGAACAAUCCGUGCUACAACAACAACACCAACGUAGUUCUCGAAAUUACCAUCCAGAUACAUUAUCUAAUCGUUCUGGGAUCAGUUUGUCUAGUUUAUACAUUAUAGGUGAAAUGUUAGCAACAAUAGAUGAAAUUUCACUUUUAAUGUCUACUGUUGGACUUAAAUUUCCUUUAGAUAAUAAACGUAUACUUUCUAAUUAUUCAUUUAUUGGAUUACAAUUAUUAGAUUAUUUAAUAAUUGGGUUUGCUCAAAUUACACAUCAAAUUUGUGGAAAAUUUAAUUUACAAAUUUUAGAACAAAUAAUUAAUUGUUUUAAUACAGUUAAUAAUGUAGAAAAUAUGAAAAAUAAUGAACAAGUGAAUGAAGAUACAUUAACUACAACAAAAAAGACAACUACUACCAUCACCACCAGUGUUACUAAUACAUCUACUGAUUCACAGUCUACUACUAGAUUUCGAUCUUCUAGAUGGGAUAAACCAAAAGAUAAUUUAUCCACUACUAAAAAACAUAAUAAUAGUAAUAAACGAUAUCAUUCUGACAGUCAUGAAUGUGUGUCGUUUCUAGAUAAACAACUGUGGAUUUUAGACUUGGAAACGAAUUCUUCAAUCUGUGGGAAAUCGUUAUGUGAUCACCUGAAUUAUUUCUUAAAUUGGGGUUUAACUGCUCGACCUGAAAGAAUAGAUUGGCUUAUAUUACGUGGUGAAAUAGAAUUUUUCGUGAAAAAUUACCGUCAAGCUUUGUCAACAUAUCUCGAAUUUGGUAGCGUUGUCACGGACGCAUUCUCAAAGAAUGUUUUAUCAGUCUUUUUUACAAAAGAGGUAUUACGGUUUUAUUAUUGUGACGGUUCAUAUAUAUAUAUAUAUAUAUAUAUAUAUAUAUAUAUAUAUAUACGGUCGUAUUAUAACUUGUGCCCUAUUAAUGUAUAACUUCCAUUACUUCAUUGUCUGAAAACAGUUAUAUUGUAUCUGGGUUUUUUUAAUAGUAGCUGGUGUAAUUACGCUAAAAAUUUGUAUAACAGUUUUGACUGAGCGCCCGCAGUAUAUACAUAUUUUAGUUCUGUGCUUCUUUUUGAGUGAAAUUUUCACCAGAAGGUUACUACUAAUUAGUUGUUUAAAUGGAUUUAAUAGAUUCUCCUCAUCCACCCUUCCCACAAAUCAUUACCUUUCUAUUUAGAUUUUGUUGGGUAAGUGUUCUUUAUUAUAUAUGGAUUUUGUUAAUUUACUGCUUUUGUGUAUGAUAACCUAUAAUCAGUUGUAUGUGGAAAUGGAUAGACUUUGUCGUUUUUAUGAUGUCUUUGUUUGAAUGAUAAUCUUUUCUACAUAUUCAUUUACAUAGUAUCAGUGUGUAAAGUCUAAGUUGUAAGUCAUUGUCCUUUUAUUAUUAAGAAUACUUAAUUCAAAUACUCUCAUCUGAUGCAUACAUCUACACAUUACUAUGUAUUAUCGUGGACUUUAAAUCUAUACAUUUCAUCUGUUCAGUUUUACAAACUUCGUAGAUCUGUACAAUAUUUCUCAUCUAUAAUAGACUUAAUUUGUUUCAGCUCAUUAGCUUUGUUGAUUGUUUUUUGCGAAUCUGUCAUCAUUUUUCUACUAUAACAACAGCUACUAGUGUUGAAUUUAUAUAUAUUAGUUCAUUUAGUCUUCGGAUUGAUGUUUAGGGCUGCAACUGAUACGUGAACCCUGUACGGAUAGCCUCGUGAUUGCCGUUAAGUCACACGCAUUUUGAGCUUAGAAAUGGAUGGUGGCUAGCAGUUGGAGCUGAUGAAUCGCAGUCCUAAACGUCAUUUGGACGAUUCAAACAGCCAGUAUAUAUAUGAAUUAAAAUUCUCAUCUUACAAACCAGCGGUUAUCUGAACUCAACAGCUAAGUGGAUAACGCGAUGUCGCUUAAAGCGAAGGGUAGUAGGUCUGAGUAUCGUAGUGAACAUCCAGGUACAUCGAGCUGAAAAGUCCUAAACAGAACAAAAUGCACAUUCUAGAUCCUACUGUCAUGUACUAUUUAUCUUUACCUAAAAUACUAUUGUCCAAAUUUAAUGAUGGGAUGAUAUUGUUCCUUUUAAGUUGGAUGGCUUAAUUGUGAAAUCUCAGUUGCUAUUCUAGGCUAAUUUGCUAUAGAUGUAAGCUGGCAAAUGAUAUCACUAACUUCUGAAAAUGGACUAAUUUAUCACUAACUUUUAUCCAAAGUAAGAUUCUGCUUUCAAUCAUAAAAAUUGAAAUUUCGUAAUUAAACCAUCCAACUCAGAGGACACAACACUACUAAAAAUACAAAACUUAUGCAUAAUUCUUCAUCAUUCCGAUGUCAUUUAAGAAUAUAAUUUUAUUUUUAUGUUUUUGUUUCAUGUUAUUAAGUUGGUGUUUCGUAUGAUGUGUUGUCUUCAAUAUCUCGGAUUAUUUUAUGAAAGUGUUGUUCUUUCACAAUUCGGACCAUCCUCUGAUGAAUCUCUUGUGGAUAAUGUCAUUCAAAUUAUUAAUAGUCUAGGUGAAAAUUCUAAUGGUUGGCCAAUAACUCAAAUAGAUACUUUUAGUACUGCAGUAAUAAACCAACAACCAUGUUCUUUUGAUAACAGUACUUCUGCGGAUUGUUUACAUGGAUCUUGUGGAGGUUCACUUCUUCAUACUACAUUAGAUUGUCCCGAUAGUUUAAUUCCUUAUUUAUGGAAUAUUCGUUUACUAUCAGCACUCGAACGUUCUGCUUCAAAUCGUGGUGCCCUUUUACAGUCUACCAAGUUUAAAGCUCGAAUCAAUAAUCCUGAACUCAAUGCUAACAAUCCAGAUGAAAUAUUAUUGGAAAAUAGAUGUGCUUUAAAUCUUGAAUAUCUUCGUUAUUUGUCCAACGUUUAUUUGAUUUAAUCAUACCACUUAUGUCUGCGAAUAACAGUUGUCAAUACUUUUGUACAAUUCUUUAUAUUUUGAUACUGUAAUACAGUUCUAUAAAUAUGUCGACCACAUU